AUGUUGAUGACGAAACUCGAACAACUACCGGAUGAAAUUUUACUGGAAAUUUGUCUUUACUUGAAGCCGUAUGAUGUUAUCAAUAGCUUUGGACAGUUGAAUCAUCGGCUUGAACAAACGAUCAGUCAAUAUCGACGUGAUGCUGAUCUUCAUCAUUUAACACUGACACAAUUCCAACGAUGGCAUAAACAUCUCUUACAUUACACAUCGAAAUCGGUUGUUAACCUUGUGGUGAGCAAUUGGAAUUCGCCCGGACAAAUAUAUCUCUUCAAUCAAUUGAUGAAACCUUACGCAUCUCUGUAUAGUUUAUUUUCCAACAUAAAACAAGUUCGAUUAAUUGAUUUUACAAACAAUGAUAUUGAAAUCCUUUCGAAACUCGACAAAAUCGAAAAGCUUUUCAUCGAUGCCGAUGCUUUAGUACCAUUAUCAUAUUCGACGCAUACUUUACUCGAUAAAUAUCUCUUUUGUUCAUCAUCACAUUUCAAAGAAAUUCGUCUAUGGGGCGUAGAAGGUGGUAUUCGAUCACAACAUCAUGUUCCAAUUGUCACAAAUUUUCAUCUGGAACGGUUGACAAUCAGCGUUGCUCUACUAGAUGAUCUGAUCUUAAUGUUUCGGCGUUCACCAAAUCUCCGUAGUUUAAACGUUGAAAUAGCUCAACAUACAACGAAAGCACUCCGACAAAACGCAACAGUUGAUAUGCUACCGAAACGCUUGACAUUCUUUCAUUUUCAAACAACCGAUCAGUGUGUACUAUCUUCGGAAGAUUUAGAUAAACUUGUUAGUAAUAUUCCGAGCAUCGAACUUCUUUCAUUAGAUAUGGAUACAAAUGAUUUCGAUUAUGCCAGUGCAUGUCAUUGGACAAACAUGUUAUCAUGUUUAACAAAAUUAAAACAUGUUUAUUUCAAACUACGAAUUUGGUUAAAAUCAGACUUGGUCCCAUUCGAUACUGAAUCCAUCAUACAUGCAUUUCAACAAACAAAUUUACCUAUAUGUUGCUAUGCCGAUACGAAAGUCUUACAUAUUGAUACUGUACCAUACAAUAUGAAACAAUUCGAUACGAACAUGAGUGUAACGACAUCGCCGAAAGCAAUGUUAGCGAAAACAACCAGCAGUCUAUUGUUUAAUCAACCUUCGAAACGUGUCCAAACACUGAUCGUCGAUGGACAACACGAUCCGACACACAUCAACGAAUGGUUAUCUGUAAUAACUCGUUUUCCAGGUAUUGAAAUUCUUCAGUUAAAUUCAGUUAAUAUACAAGAUAAGGAAACCAGUGCAAUCGAUCUGAAACAUCAGCCAUUUCAAUUACCACAUAUGGGCUAUUUACAUUACAUCCGAUCGACAAGUUGUAGAGUGCAUGUACCAUUUUUUAUGUUAUUAGCAAAUAAUACAACGAUUAGUCCGCAAUUAAAAGCUCUCUCGAUGAUGUAUGGUGAUUUGGUUUAUUUAUGUAAACGUUUAUCUGGUUGUAGGUUCGAGCGAAUAAAAGAACUUUGGUUAUAUGGAGGUGAAGCUGAUGGUCAUGUAAUUUUACGAGAUAUUGAUUUAGUAUUGAAGACGUUUCCUUGUUUAUCUCAUUUCUAUUUUAACAAUCAAUCAAGCCGAUUUCUCAAUCGAAAUCUUCGGUUAAUUAUCGAAACAAUUAUACGCUCAUCGCCGGAUUUGAUCAGUUUUCGAAUAUCGUGUAACAAAAGUUCAUUAAGAUUAUUAUCAUCGAUGAACAGUGAAACGUGUACUAGUUGGAUUCGACAAGUAUGUGGUCUCUGUGAACAUGAACGUAUUCAUGUGACUGUUAAUGAUAAGUUGCUGUCAAUAUGGAAAUGA